UAAGUCCCUUUUGCGAUGCGGAGUCAACAACUCCCUCCGUGACAUCUACCGGGUGAAAUUUCAAAACGAACAAUGUGUCUUGCUUCAGCGUACGAUUUCAGCCUAGUUUCUAAGCAUUAAGCAACAAUCAAAGACAGAAUGGAUUCUGUUUAUUUGAUGAUAUUGAAUAUUCCUCAAAAUUUUCAUUCUUCGGACUUAAGAAAUUACUUUUCAGAUCUCAUUGAGUGCCAAAUGCACUUUUCGUGUUUUCAUUUUCGCCAUCGACCGCAGCUCGAAUUAAUCAAGCCUUCAGAAACACUCAGUUUCGAGAAAAAUAACUUCUGUCUUAGGAACAACAGCAGUGCUAAAAGUGCAUCGGAUUUUCUAACCAAAGAUUCCUUCUGUUGCAUUGUGAAAUUAUUCAGUAAAAAAGCAAGAACAGAGACGAUAAAGAAAUACAAUUUGCAAAAUUGGGUUGACAAAGAUGAGAGAUUCUUGCCAAGUAGAUGUAUUGCCAUUGCUAUAACUGUAGUUGAAGAGAAUUUGGGAGAUUUUCUAGUUUCUUUGCUUAGCAUAAAUGGUGACAAAGUAGAACUUAAGUUAUCAAAACAGAAAAUUGAACAAAUGGUUGAAUUGAAACCUCCUCCUCUCAUGCCUCGAGGAAAUGUAGGCACAUCUACAAAACAUUUCCUGGAUCUAAUUAACUCAUGCCGUUUACCCAGUAAACUUAUAGGCAAAUUAGGAUUAAAUUUCCCGAAAACCAAAACUCGAAGAUAUGGCAAUGUUCCCUUCAACUAUGAAAAUCAUACAAGUGAGAAAAUUGAACUACCUGUUUCCCCAUCAACAAAUUCAACAAACAGCAACAAUAAAAAAAGAAUAUUUCCCCAUGGAACAAAUAUUUCAUCACCAAAAAAGUGCACAAACAAAGGAGAUAUAAUGGAUGAUGAUGAUGACGAGCAAGAGUGGGACAGACACGAAGCUUUGCAUGACGAUGUAACGGAGCAGGAGAGAAAUAAAGAAAGGCUUUUUGAAGAAGAGAUGGAGGUAGUCUGGGAAAAAGGUGGACCUGGUAUAGUUUGGUAUACCGACGCAGUACGAUGGAAAGAAGCAGAAGGUGAUUUCGAUGAGCAGACCACAGAUGAUUGGGACGUCGACUAUUCUGUUUACUAUGAAGAAAACGGUGGUGACAAAGAUGCAAGAGACUGCGCAGAGAUGCGUCGGAGUACCAUGUGGCGUCAGGGUAAUGUAGAAACCGUUUUCAAAAAACCACAAGUACUACCACUACGACAAAAGUCGUUCAUGGAACAUUCCAUGGGGAGAAAUGUUGUCGGUCCAUUCGAGAAACAUACCAAAGGGAUCGGUCGCCGCCUAAUGGAAAAGCAAGGAUGGCGAGAUGGCUUGGGCUUAGGAGUCACUCAGGAAGGCAUUGCAACGCCUAUAGAAAGCGAUGGCCAGAAACCAAGAGAAAGAAAAGGAUUGGGUUAUUUUGGCGAGCGAUUACCACGAUUCCGAACGACAAAUUCAAGUAAAGCUAAGAGUGUAUUUAUUGCAACCGCUUAUGAUAGCCCUGCUGACACAGAUUCUCCGGAAUCUCUUUAUAGAAGAAAUCAACCGACAAUCAUGAAAUAUCGGCAUACAUGAAAACAAUUCAUUUAAUAUUAUUUUGUUAAAUAGACGUUCCAAACUAUGA